AUGGAAAAACCAUCCAAAAUUGGAUACCUUAGCGGUGUUUCGUUACUGGUUUCUUCGAUGACAGGGCCAGGGUUGGUGACAGUACCCUUAUUAUUCCAAACUUCAGGAUGGAUAACAUCUAUGAUAAUCAUAAUUCUGGUUGUAUUUUUAUCGUCAUCUGCUGCUUUAUUAUUAUGUGAAGCAAUUGGAUCUUUGCCCAGUAACGAAAAAUUCACGGUUC